AUAAGGAUAAAGCUGUGCUGAGGCAGCUCUCAUCACUCAGACCUGUUGCUGGGUUUGUGCAGUUGUGGUGCGGGUUGUUUUAAAUCUGCCGUCUUAUGGAUCUCAUCUCUGCUUGUGAACGGGCGAUGACUCCUGUGGGUUUGGAUGACAUGGUGGCAGACCUGGCCACUAUGUCUCCAAACGUCACUGCAGUGGGAUCACCGGGCAUCUCCAUGGCAACCAGACUCCUAAUCUUGCUUAUCUGUGUGCUGCUGGCUGCCUGGAGCCACACAGACAAGAAAACUGUGCCAGGUCCGUCUUUCUGUCUGGGUUUGGGGCCACUUCUGUCAUAUGUGAGGUUCAUCUGGACUGGCAUAGGCACAGCCAGCAACUACUACAACAAGAAGUAUGGAGACAUUGUGAGAGUCUGGAUCAAUGGAGAGGAGACACUCAUACUCAGCAGGGCAUCAGCGGUGCACCAUGUACUAAAAAAUGGGAAUUACACGUCACGUUUUGGGAGCAAGCAGGGACUCAGCUGCAUCGGCAUGAACGAGAGAGGCAUCAUAUUCAACAAUAAUGUGGAGCUGUGGAAAAAGAUUCGCACCUACUUCUCCAAAGCCCUGACAGGUCCGGGCUUGCAGCAGACAGUGGAGGUCAGUGUCUCCGCCACACAGACUCACCUGGACGACCUGGACGGUUUGGGUCAUGUGGAUGUCCUCAGUUUCCUGCGCUGCACCGUGGUCAACAUCUCCAACAGACUCUUCCUGGAUGUACCUGUCAAUGAAAAAGAACUGCUGCUGAAGAUCCUCAAGUAUUUUGACACAUGGCAGACUGUGUUGAUCAAACCCGACGUCUACUUCAAGUUUGACUGGAUUCACCAGAGGCACAAGACAGCAGCCCAGGAGCUGCAAGACGCCAUAGAAAGUCUUGUAGAGCAGAAGAGGAGAGACAUGGAGCAGGCAGAUAAGCUCGAUAACAUCAACUUCACUGCAGAGCUCAUAUUUGCACAGAACCAUGGCGAACUGUCUGCAGAGAACGUGAGGCAGUGCGUGCUGGAGAUGGUGAUCGCAGCACCAGACACCCUGUCCAUCAGCCUCUUCUUCAUGCUGCUGCUCCUCAAACAGAAUCCAGAUGUGGAGCUGCAGCUGCUGCAGGAGAUAGACACCGUUGUAGGUGAGAGACAGCUUCAGAACGGUGACCUUCAAAAGCUGCAGGUGCUGGAGAGCUUCAUCAAUGAAUGCUUGCGCUUCCACCCUGUGGUGGACUUCACCAUGCGUCGAGCCCUGUCUGAUGACAUCAUAGAUGGCUACAGGGUACCAAAGGGCACAAAUAUCAUCCUGAACACCGGCCGCAUGCACCGGACUGAGUUUUUCCUCAAAGCCAAUGAAUUCAGUCUGGAAAACUUUGAAAAAAAUGCUCCUCGCCGUUUCUUCCAGCCGUUCGGCUCGGGCCCUCGCUCCUGCGUUGGCAAGCACAUCGCCAUGGUGAUGAUGAAAUCCAUCCUGGUAACGUUGCUCUCCCAGUACUCUGUUUGCCCCCAUGAGGGCUUGACCCUGGACUGCCUCCCACAGACCAACAACCUCUCCCAGCAGCCCGUUGAGCAUCAGCAGGAGGCUGAUCAUCUCAGCAUGAGAUUCUUACCCAGACAGAGAGGAAGCUGGCAAACACUCUGAGACUCUGACAUUCAGUCUAUGACCUCCAUUACUGCAUUUAUGUUAUCUCACGGCUGUACAAAGCUACGUUUUAUGUUUUGGUUUGUAUCAAAAAUUGUUUUUUUACUUGAACUUUUAUGCAUUAUGUGAAAUGUAAGUUUAGAUGUCCUAAUACUGAAAUAAAUGUAAAUUAUUGUGCAAAUAUUGUGUGUUUUUGUCUUCUUUUUUUAUUUUUACUCAUUUAUCCUAAAUUUUAGUUAGUGGCAUUUUGAAGCAUUUUGCAAGGAAGAAAGUGACUCUUAGUGUGAAAAAACCAG